AUGCGUUUUUCUAUUCUAGGCGCGGCGUUCGGCAUGAUCGCUUGUGAUGUUGCUACAACGCCUUCUCUUGCACACUCCAAAGCCCAUAUCCGCCGAGGUGGAGAUGAGCAGACAAAAAUUUUUGGUUACUUCACUAGAAGUUGUACUCAGGAGAAGAUGACCAUUCGCAAAGGGGCAAUUCCUACCAUGCAUCGCUACUACAUGCAUACAUGCACAUUUACGAGAAAAUUCUCUGUGAUGAGUGAGGCUACACCGGCUCUAUUCCAUGCAGACAGUGGCGACAUGUGGCAGUCUUCUAUGUGGGGAGAGGAUGCCUUUGGAGGAAAUGGAACUGACGCUGACAACUGUGUCGCUGAUGGCCGCUUUGCCAACUACACGCUCCACAUCGGUCCCGGUGAUGAGGACACCGAUUACUGCCUGCGUCGCGCAUGGGAUACCGAAAACGCUAUUGCAAAUGCUAACAGCACUGCCCUUGAUAUGUGCAAUUCAUACAACACUUACUCUCCUUGGUGGGGUUGCAUCUCGAACAUUCCUCACAAGCGCGUCCACACCUAUAUCGGCGGAGUGGCAAGGAUCGUCUCCUCUUCUUUACUCAACGGUCGAAUAUUUUAA